AUGCAAGAAUAUAAUACUUUUAAUAAUGCUUACAGUGAAAUAGAACUUGACAAUAAUGAAUGGAUAGAUUAUGUAUUAUCUGAUAAUAUGACAAGCAAAGAAUUUAAUAAAGAAGCUUCAAAAUUAAAUUAUGAAAAUUCAAGCGAAAUAUCUAAUAAUAGUAAAAUAAUAAAUGAAGAAUCUAAUGAUUGUACAACGAAUGAAGAGGGUCUUGAUAAAAUUGUUGAUAAGUUCUUAAGUAGAGAACAAAUGCCAUCAAUUAGCGGAGAGUUUGCACCAUAUUUCAAUAAUAUCACAGAAAUAUUAAUGUUUUGUUGGUCAAAUAUAUUUUGGGCUGGGCCAACAAGUAGAAAAAAAUCAAGAGCUUUGGCAUGGUGA